UUUCAGCGUGCCCCAAGUUAGCCUUGAAAUUGCUUAAGAAGAAGCAAGCGUGCCGGCAGCCUCGGAGCGGGGCACCAGGUAGCGGUACUGCCGGCGUCCAGGCUGGGUCCUCUCCAAGGCGCUGGACGUACCUCUGUGCCCAUGGAGAAGGCACCCUAGGGAGCGGGUGUUGAAGGGCCCCCUUCCACGGAGUCUGGGCUACCCUUCUGAUUUUUCGGAGUUCAGGUAAUGGCUGAAGUUGGUCGGUGGGAGACGGCUGGAGGCCCAGAGCACGGUUGCACAGAGCCUGUGAUCUGACCUGCAGCCUCUGCCUUCGCUGGGACCGCCAGGAUGGGAAACAGUGGCUCAGCCGUGAAGGUCUGCACGGAUCACCAAGGAGGCAUCAACUGGCUGAGCCUGAGCCCAGAUGGGCAGCGCCUGCUCACAGGUAGUGAGGACGGCACUGCGCGGCUCUGGAGCACUGCCGACAGCCAGUGCCACGGCCACUUUCAAGGGCAUGAAAGUUACAUCACCUUUUGCCACUUAGAAAAUGAGGCUGCCUUCACGUGUAGCGCAGAUCAUACCAUUCGGAAGUGGGAUGUGAUGACAGGUCAGUGCCUGGCCAUUUACAGAGGACACACAUCAAUUGUUAACAGGAUCCUGGUUGCCAAAGACUAUCUCUUUAGUGGUUCCUAUGACAGGACAGCCCGCUGUUGGAGUGUGGACAAGGAGAAACAAAUCCAGGAAUUCCGGGGCCAUCGGAACUGUGUCCUGACUCUAGCUCACUAUUCCUCCAGGGAUGUUCUUGAAGAGGAGGAGGAAGAAGAGGAGGAGGAGGAGAAAGUGAGCAGAGACCUCCUGGUGACAGGUAGCACGGACUGCACUGUUAAGGUCUGGUGGGUGUCCAGUGGGCGCUGUUACCAGACUCUGCUGGGACACACUGGGGCUGUCUUAUGCCUUAUACUUGACGCACCAAACAGGGAGCUGUUUUCUGGCAGCACGGAUUAUACCAUUCGAACAUGGAAUAUUGUCACUGGUGAGCAGCUGAAAGUGUUCAAAGAGCACCAAGGAUCAGUAAUUUGCCUGGAGCUAGUGAAUCGGCACUUGUAUUCAGGAAGCGCGGACAGGACAGUGAAGUGCUGGUUAGUAGACACUGGGGAGCGAAUCCAAACGUACAAGGCUCACAAACACAGCGUUAGCACUUUGAAAUACCACGCUGGGAUCUUGUUCACAGGAAGCGGCGAUGCCUGUGCAAGGGCUUUCAAUUCCAAGAGUGGCGUCCUGCAGAAGAUCUUCCGAGGGCACAAGUUCAUCAUCAACUGUAUCCAGAUCCACAACGAGUUGCUCUACACAGCUUCCCAUGAUGGCACACUAAGGAUUUGGGACAUCCGGGGAAUAUGCAAGAGAAACAAGCGGCGUUUGAAGAAGGAGAGGUCUGCCCAGGGCAGGAGCUCUCAGAAGGGAAGUCUGUCACGUCUCUUCAACAAUAAAGUGGGCUGUAUGGUACAGCAAGAAAAUGGGGAACACGAGGCUGUUGAACUAAUGUGACUGUCCAGAACAGACUUCCCAUCAGUGGCCAAAGCUAAACUUCUGUUUUCUGCACCACUGUGUCCACGUAAACCAGAACUUGGAACGAGCUGGGAAACGGCUUUGCUUGUACCUCUGUUUCAGGAGUCAGGAUUCUCUGCAACUGUCAGAUGGACUCAAGUCAGAUCCUGUUGCUGCAGCUGUCUCCCAGCUGAGCAGCACGGGGGUCAGGAGGGAGUGCAGUGUGGUUCAGGUGAUGUACCUCUGUGUGUGUGUGUAAUUAAGAACUUUACUCACCACUGCUUGUUUUCAAGUCCUUCUAGCACAGAGGCGUUGCACACUUCUGCCUGUCUAGUAUCUAAUAAGAAAUGUUUCCUCCUGUUCCUGUUGCCUGCUCACACGCCCUCUGUCCAGCCGGAUAUAGAAAUGAAAGGUGCCCUGCAGUACAACUCCAAAUUCAAUUUUCACAGCUGACCUUGGGGUCAGUUUUUUGCUAUUAGACCGGCUGACACAGGAUGGGAUGGCUCAGCAGGAGUUUAAAGCAGACGGGACACCUCUCUGGGAAGUUGGGAGUAGUAGGACAGAAAUUAAUUAUUUUUUUUUAACAAAGCAUAAGGUAGAGAACAAGCUAAACCUCAGACCUUUUGCACAGCUGCUGUCCUCCUCCCAACAACCUGGCUCUUGGUCUUUUUUCACCUUUUGCAAUCUCACGUGCAGCAAAGGAAGCCUCAACAGCCUCGCGUGUGUCUGUGCUGCCAGCGGUGUUUGCGUCCAGCUGCCCGCGUGCCCCGGGCACGGUUCCCCGGGUGGCUCCGCUGCAGGGCCUCGCCUGGGCACGGCUGGCGAGGGAAGCUGCUCACUAGGCACCUGGGCCACUGCUUGACUGGCCUCCUGGGGGAAAGGCUUGCCUUGUAUCCACUGGGAACGUCCAAUUGUGUUUUUCUUAGGGGAGAAGAGAGCGAAAUGGGAAGAUUGAGCGGGUGCUCUAAAUCCGUUGUCUUUCUUCUUUACAAGGCUGGGUCAGGCUUUGGUUUGCUAGGUUAGUGGUGGCAUCGGAGAAGCCAUCCAACUCAAGAGUAGUUCUCCCAGUCUUUUUCCAGGUUCAUCCCUCUCUGAUAACCACUGAGCCAUGAAUAAACAAGGGUUCUUAUAUUUUUCUAUUUGCAGCUAUAACUCCUUGUAGAACCAGUAUAAAAAUAUCUAACCACAUGUUUUUAUUUUUAUGGCUUUAUUUAUUCUGUACUACAGCAAGUUAAAAAUGCUGUAAACUUUUUUUUUUAGAAUGGACUAAUAAACAUGUGGCA